AUGCCAUCAGCAACAAAGGCAGAGUAUGUGGAGGGUGGAGGUGUGGUGGGUGAGGGGGAGUGUGGUGGCAUUGUGAACCAGUUGGAGGCCUCUGGGCUGGGUAGAGAGCGACAUGCCCACUCCUGUCUGAAGGUCCCCAGGGAGCUUCUGAGGAGCUUCCCUCACUCCAAACGGGUGGGCUCCUAUCUGGUGGGGAAGAUGAUCAACAAGGGCUCCUUUGCUAAGGUCAUGGAGGGGCUACACAUCAGCACAGGAGAAAAGGUGGCCAUCAAGGUGAUUGAUAAGAAGAAGGCGAGGCAGGACUCAUACGUUCUAAAGAAUAUGAAGAGAGAACCUCGUAUUCACCAGAUGGUCAGACAUCCUCAUAUAGUAGUUCUACUGGAGACCCUGGAGACAGAGAACAGUUACUACAUGGCGAUGGAGCUGUGUGUUGGAGGAGAUCUGAUGGACCGAAUCUGUGAGAAGAAACGUCUGGAGGAGAGAGAAAGAUCGGUGGUCUCUCUUGUGUUUUACUUUGUCUGCAGGGAUCUGAAGAUUGAGAACUUCCUCCUGGAUGAACACAACAACAUCAAGAUUGUUGACUUCGGUCUCAGCAACACUCUGAAGGUAGAGAGAGAGUCUGCUGAGCUGCUGAACACCCAGUGUGGAAGCCCAGCCUAUGCCGCGCCUGAGCUACUCGCCCACAGCAAGUAUGGACCCAAGGUCGACGUCUGGUCCGUGGGGGUCAGUAUGUUUGCCAUGCUGACUGGGACGUUGCCUUUCACUGUUGAGCCGUUCAACAUCAAACAGCUGCAUCAGAAGAUGGUCAAUGGAGAGAUAGGAACCAUACCCAAUGAUAUCAGCAAAGGUGCAGUAGGUUUCGUCCUGUCCCUGUUGGAACCAGAACCUUCUAAACGGCCGACAAUCAGAUCAGCUAUGGAGGAGAAAUGGAUCAAUGAGGGCUACACCAGAAAACCUUUACACACACUCACACACAGGAACAGACUGCGUCCUGAGGAUCUGAACCAAUCCGUGCUGUCCUACAUGACAGAGUCUCUGGGUUACAGUCUGAGUGAUGUCACCACCAUGCUGACCAAUAACAGGCCUUCUGCCAUCCUGGCCUCCUAUCAGCUGCUGCUCAGAAAACUGACCCGCGGAGAGAAAGGGGCCAGGGGCAUCAAGGUCUAUACACACCCCAGCUAGCAUAUAACGUUCUGAGAACCAUAUGUUUCUUACAGCUUGGUGAGAGCGUGGUCGUCCUAUUGUUAUGUAGCCUACAACCUUCCCACAACGUUCUGAGAACCAUAUGUUUCUUACAGCUUGGUGAGAGCGUGGUCAUCCUAUUGUUAUGUAGCCUACAUCCUUCUCACAACGUUCUGGGAAUGAUGCAGGGUAGUUACUUGGCUGUGGAACAUUCUCAGGAGCUCCUUUGUUGUUGGUAUUUCAUUACUAUAACAGAACGUUUCGUGAAAGUUCAAACAUGGUUACAUAUCAUUUCAAUUUGACAUUGGGAAUGUUCUCCAAUGUUUCAAGAGAACGUUAA